UGCACGCGCUCCGCGAUCGUCGCGCCUCGCAGCGUUCCUCCCUCUCUCGGCGCGAUGCCGAUUGAGCGAUGGGCCGUGGUCUCCCGGAAUGGUGAAGCCGGCUGGUGCGGGCGUCGGAAGCACCAGGUGGUUUCGCACAGAGGUUCCCUGUUUCUCCUGGGUGGAUUCACGUCUGGAGGGGUGCUGGGGACUGGUGGUGCCGGCCGUAACGCCAACCUCCAUGAUGUCUGGAAGUCGACUGAGGGAGCGGCGUGGGUGCGGCUGCUCGAGCACGCGCCUUGGAGCGGCAGAGACGGACACGCGGCGCUGACCCACAAUGGAGCCAUUUUUCUCAUGGGCGGCACGCAGGACCCACGCAACAACUUCAGCGAUGUGUGGAGAUCGGUGAAUGGCAAGGAUUGGGUCCAGGUUUGUCGCCAGGCGCCCUGGCAAGGGCGAUGGCAACACGCCGCUCUCAGCUACCAGGGGUACAUCUUCGUGGUCGGGGGGUGGGGGGAAGGGCUCGGGUGCCUCAAGGACGCCUGGCGGUCUGCCGACGGAGUGCGGUGGACCAAGACUUGCUCGAGCACGCCGUGGGGCGGUCGGAUGUUCCACUCCAUGGUGGAGGCAAAUGGAGCCAUGUACGUCCUGGGAGGCUCCAACGGCCGCCAGAAGCUUAACGACUCGUGGGUUUCCACUGAUGGCAGGGAUUGGAACCUCGUGACCCACGAAUGUCAGUGGAGCCCCCGCAGCGGACACGCCUCCAUCUGUUUCGAGAAUUCCCUGUACGUGAUAGGGGGCGAGGGCAGCAACGACAAGCUAAAAGACGUCUGGCGCUCGGAAGACGGGGCACACUGGACGAGGAUGGAGGAGGAUGUCCGUGUGGCGAGGCAGGGUCACGCCGCGGUUUGCCACCAACAGAGAGUGCUCGUUCUCGGCGGAGUCUCUGAGGGAACGGAGUUCAUGAACGACUGCCUAGCAGGCGCAUCAUCCGCACAACUCACGGCGGGUGCUUUGCGUGAGCAAGGGGCCAGCACAACGUCUACGGGAGCCAGCGACGACGCGGGUUCCUCGACCCGCAGUCACGGCGCUACCGCAUUGUUGUCUCCUCCCCCCCCUGUUGCCGCCAUUGGCAGCGAUACCACCGGUGCGACACUCAACAAUGGUACUCUCCUCGUAGGUGGCGGGGCCGCGUUGCGGAGGCCAAGCCACGGCGGCGAGGGAGGAAGGGGCAGCGCCACCUCCUUCGGGUUCACCGAGGGUGGCGGCGGCGGCGGCGGCGGCGGCGGCGGGAGCGGCGCGGCUCUUUCUCGCCGCCCGAGCAGCCGCGCCUCCAGACAUGAAUCGGUGGAGGAUGAUCUCUGGGGAUGGUUUGGAGACGACCGUCCCCCGUCUGAGACCGCCCUCCACGCCAUGGCAAGAGGCGAUGCGGCGGAAUCCGCCGCCGCCGGCGGUGUUGGUGUCAACGGGUCAGCGGCGGAAAACGCUGGGGUGACGGUCAGCACUCUGGCGCUCACGGAGCGCCUCGCGAAGCUCUCGGCGGGCCGCGUGCUGCUGGACCGGGUGAGGGCAGACACGCGCUCCCUCGCCUCCGUUGUCACGUCCGCUGUGCACAGCGCGUUUCUCGGGGAGGGGGUGGCCGCCGCCGCCGCCGCCGCCGCCAUGUCGGGAGCGGCGGUGACGGCGGAAGUAAGGUGUCCUGCUACUAGAGCGGUCCACUUUGAGGCGGGAUGCUCGCCGCCCGGGGGGAGACGGCGGCUACGGCCGGGAGCGGAGGCUGUCGCUGAGGCGAAGCAAACGGAGGAGGAGGAGGAGGAGGAGAAGGAGGAGGAAGGCAAAGAGGGCGGGGAAGAGGUGGCCUCCUCCGUCGACGAGAACGGGUCUAGCGGAGCGUCGGGGUUAGGGUUAGCCGCCGCGGCGGAAGCGACCGGAGACGACGAGAAGAGCGGGGGGCAAGCCAGUGGCCUUCGUCAGCGGGUGGUGGAAGCGAGGGCCGAGAUCGAGGGCCUUCAGAGGGAGAUCAGGCGGCUGGCGCGGGGCGGCGGAGAAGGGGGGCAUGCGGAAGAGACGAGAGCGCGGGUGGCGCCGCUGGUGGAGCGGAGGGCGGUGCUCGCGCAGGCGGCUCGAGCAGACGCCGAGAGGAUGGCCAAGCGUUUACAGGAGAUUUCGGAGGCGCAGCAGUCGAACCACUCCAACGUGGACUCGGCAAUGCGGGAGGUGGAGCGCCGCGCCCGGACCGCCGGCGGCCGCGUGUGGGCGCUCAUCCGCGGGCAGAGUCGGCAGCACUCGAGCGACGACGACGACGACGACGACGAUGAUGAAGGAGACGACGGCAACGACGGCCUUAAUCCCGGUGCAGGGGGAGGAGGGGGAGGAGAAGCGACGGCAUCGACGAGAACAGCAGGCGGCGGCGGCGGCGGCGGCGGCGGCGGCGACGCCGCGGCGCCAGAGUGGGUGCUCUCGCGGCUGGAGCUGACGCGCAUGCGGCGGCGAGGCUCCUUCUUGGAUGGCGAUGAAGUUGGACCCGUCAGGGCGGCAGCCGCGGCUACGGAGGCGGCCGCCGUUUCCGCCGCCGCCGCCGGCGAAGCAAGCACGGCUGACUCUUUCGCUCACCUGGCGAGGCUCGCCUCCGAGGACGGCGACGGCGAGCGGCGGGACACCGACGAGGCGGUGUCAGGUCUCCGAGACGCCAUGGAGCAGCACUCGGCAGCGCUCUCGCGGCUGGCGGGGUGGAUGGUCAAUGUUGCACCGCCCCCGCCGCCACCCGCAGGCGGCAGCGAAGCCGGGUUGAUGGCUGCUGCUCAGACGGAAAUCCAUCCCGCAGCGGUAGGAGUCGAGGCGCACGGCGGUUUGCCGUCGCCGUCUUACCCGGGCCUAAGCGGCGACAGCGGGUUCGAGGUCGCGGGGUCGUCGAGCGAGGAGGAUGGGGUGAGGGCGAUGUUGGAGCUGUCUCGAGAGUCGGACGUACUCGAAGGCAGGGUCAAGCGGGAGCGCUUCAAGGCCCACCGUGCGGCAGAUGAGGAGAUCCACCGGACCCCCGAGAUGUACAGAGAGGCGUGCGCUCUCGGGAAUGCUCUGAUACUCAAGGGGCACGACUACCUAUCUCAGGCGCUAGCCGAAGCCGGCCGCGACUCCGCUGAAGCUUCCAUCAUGGCAGAGGAAGCCAGCGCUUGGGCGGGGACAGUGGGCGAGCUUGUGGACGCGGAAGGCCUUGCCGCUAAGGGUCUGGCCCUCAAGGCCAAAGUAGAGGAGCUGAGAAACAGCGUUCUCGACCUGGAGGAUGUGGUGACCGACUGUGAAGGGGCCUUGGACAAGAGGCGAAGGAGGGGCGCCAAAGCCGACGAGCUCGAACCGCUUCAGGCGGCCUUGACCUCCGCCGAAAAGGCUGCACGGCGCGCGAGACGGGCGGGAAGGAAAGCAGCGGCGAACGCGGCGGCCCUGGCGCACGGCCUAUCUCCGGAGAUUGCUCUGGAUCUCCCUGAGGCGCUCAACCCCUUGAUCGGGAGGCAGAAGGUGGUGCAAGAUGUAAGCAUCGCGGGGAUCGACCUCCCCCUCCGGCGGCUGAAGGAGUACGAGGCCGUGAGGGCCAUGGAGGACGAGGGCUCCACGGGGGGGGGUCAGGGCCGGCAUCGAAUCUUCUUGGCGGAGUACGACGAUGAAACCGUCGUCCUCAAGGGAUACGCCCUGGCAAUUUCGGUGAACGCCCUCCAGAGACGCAGCCUAGAGCGGGAGCUGCACAUUUUGGACCGGGUUCGACAUGGGGCCAUAAUCAGGGCAGGGGCUAUCGUCGAGGAUGACGGUGGAAACGAGAACCCUAUCCCCAUGCUCUACAUCGAGUUCCCCUACUGCGCCCAAGGCAACCUUCGUCAAUGGUUACAGGCCCGACCCAGACAGCCGUGGGAGCUGCAAGAGGCGUUUCGACAGGUUAUGUGCGCCGUGAUGCACUUGCACGAUUCGGGUGUCAUCCACAAGGAUAUCAAGCCGGGGAACAUCCUUGUCCACGCGGAUGGCCGCUUCCUUUUGGCGGACUUCGAUGUCAGCAAGGACACUCUGGGGUCAAACGCCUCGGCGACGCCCGCGGGGGGGGCGCGCGGAGCGGAAGGCGACGGUGGGGGAGAAGACGGCGGCGGUGGCUCCACCCCCGAGGCCGGGGAGGAGGGGGGGGUCCGUGGUAGCACGAUGGAGGCGGAGACCACCAGAACGAGCUUUGCCGGGACUAGCGGAUUCAUGGCCCCAGAGGUGGAAUCCGGAAGGCCCUCCUCGCUAGCCUCGGACAUGUACAGCCUGGGAGCCGUGCUCUUCCAUAUGCAUUUCCCCGACCAUCCCACCGGCCCUCUCCCCGUAGCGGAGGGCAGUGGUGGUGGUGUAGGCGUUAUCCCUCGGAGUGCGGACGUGGCGACGGCGGAUUUGCUCAAGGCGCUGCUUGCGGCGGACCCGGCCCGGAGACCGAGGGCGUCGGAUGCCCUCCAGGCAAAAUACUUCCGGGUUUCCCACGUGUCGAGGCUUCAACAAGACGGGGCUCUGCUGGAACAGACCCGCAAGCUCGAGGCUGUUAGGGUUCUGUUCCGCACCGUGCGGGACGAGGCCAAGCCGAGCGGUCCUCUCAAGUGGACCGUGAAGCGGGACAGCCGGUACCUGGUGCCGUCGGUGAUGCGGCUGGUGCAGACGGAUGCGGCAGGAUCUGCUCUCCGGAGGGCGCUCAAGAUCACCUUCCAGGGGGAGGCCGGGGUGGACGAGGGAGGGAUUCUCAGCGAGAUGUACACCCUUCUGUUCGAGGCCAUGAUGCUGCCGAGGUUCGGGCUGUUCGAGAACUGCGACCCCCCCCCCCCGCCAACCGCGGAGCCCCUCGGCCGGCGGCCUGCCAAGGACCCUACCGAGAAGUCCUUCGCCCCGCGGUUCAGCGGCGCUGUCGCCGGCGCCGCGGCUAACGGAGCGGCAAGUGUUGUUGACGACCCCGAUGACGCUAGCAGGUUCGGCGCCUACUUGGAGCCGAUAUCCGGGAGCGCCGAGGAGCACGCGGAGGAGGAGGAGGAGGUUGAUGAUGCAGGCAGUGAUGAUGACGGCGAUGACUUUGAGGCUCGGCGAGAGGCGGAGCGAUCGGUGGUGGAGGGGGCCGCCGCCUCAGGCGCGGGAGGCGGGGAAGGGAGGACGGUGUCGGUGUCGAAGAUGCUGCCGACCGCGAGGCCGGGCGGCUACUCGGACGCCCAGCUCGGGAGGUACCGGGCCAUCGGUAGACUGAUGGUCAAGUGCUUACUCGAGGGCAGGAGGAUCGGCAGCCGCCUGGCGCCGAGCGUGUUCAAGUUCAUCACUGGGACGGACACGACGCUGCGGGACCUCCAGGACUUCGACUCUCAGAGUUUUGAGAGCCUCAAGUGGAUGCUGGCCAACACCGGCAUGCGAGACAUGGGCUUCGACUUUGAAGACGUUGGUCUUCCUGACAAGGGUCCCGUCACGGACGGCAACAAGGCGGAGUACGUGUCGGCCAAGGCCCGCCUCAUCCUCGUCGGGUCGAGAAGGCCUGCCCUAGAGGCACUCAAGGCGGGGUUCGCCGAGGCUCUCCGAGACCUCUCCCCGGGGGCAGCGCUCUUCCUCGAGUUGCUUUCGCACGCUGAUUGGAGGGUCUUGCUGUGCGGGGAGGAGCACGUCAGUGGACCGCAGGUGGUCGCGGUUCUGACCUGGUACGGGUUCCCGGCUAGCAGCGAGGUCCCCACUUGGGUCAAGUCGUUGCUCCUCUCCCUCCCCGAAGAUGCCUUGCGACGGUUCUUGAUUUUCGUGUGUGGGACGCCCUCGCUCCCGGCUCCAUCCGCCGGCAAGGUGGAGAUCACCGUCCGCUGUCAGCCCAGGUCGGCGGCGCUCCCCGCGGCCCACACGUGCUUCUUCCAGCUGGACGUUCCCGACUACGACAAGGAGUCCGUGUUGCGGCACAAGCUGCUGCAGGCCGUCAACAACACCGCAUCGUUUGACGUCGUGUGAACAAGGAUUCGGCGCUGCGGCACAAGCCGCUGCAGGCGGUCGGUCGAUCAUAGCACCGCAUCGUCUGACGUCGGAAUAGUAAAAGAAAAGUGUUCACGCCCAGCUGCUGCAGGCUGUCAACAACAUUGCAUCGUUUGGCGUCGUAUGAUUGCAACAAGAAAAACUUGUGUUUCUGGUUGAGAUCGAAAAACAGAUUUCGACCAAAGGUAGCGUUUUCUGUGCGCUGGAUCUCUCCCUCUACAUGCUGUGCCCACGGUCGAACGCCGCCCUCAUCUUUGACCUGAGGGUCGAAUGCGCCAAUCCGCUGCCAUGUGCGGGACCCACAGACUCGACGCAAGUCGCCCUAAAAUGCAGUCUAACAAGACUUUCGAGUGAAGCGAGCGGUUGGCUCAGAUGUGGGUGGCGCUGAUGACGUCAGCGGGGGUCUCCGCGACAGAGCUGUGCAGGCCGGACGACUUCAUACGGGUUGGUAUGCUGUGUCGCACACCCAUCAGUUCGUAGGUUGCCGAGGAAAUUUGGGGUGCAUACUUCGGUGUGUGGUAUAGAGGAGCGUGGAUCGCCUCUAGAUGUUGAGCCCUUGAUGUGCGGUUUCGUUUUCACUCAUGUAGUAUUUUCUUGUGAGGAAAUGAAGGAGGUAAGGCUAGGCGCCAGCGGACCAGCCUUCGAUGGGGAGCCUGCUGCCCCUCCCAACAAAUAAGUGCCAAAACUCUCGUGUUCAACUGGACACAAAGGUAGUGCGCGCCAACUGCUGUGGCGGGACAAGCGAGGAAGGGAUGCUGGUGAACUAUUGACUAGUCUGCAAGAGCAGUUUGUGAUCGUGAUUGUUUUUUCCCGAGGCGUUGUUCCCGACGACGCCACAACCUUGGGCAGGAACCCUUCGGUGCUCGAGAGCACCCUGACCACGACACGGUCGUAUGCUCUUGUUCCUACCGAAGUUACGGUCGGGAGGGAGUCACGGGAGGUCCCAUGUCUGAAUGAUGCGGGGGGGGGGGGUACUCAUAGUCGU